AAGCAAUGAAUGUAGAAACGUGCAGGACAAAAGGUUAGUGACAGGCGAAAUCAUCGUUAGUUUCUUAUCACCCAACUGAACAGAAACAUGUUUCUGUUAAAUAUUUGCAUCUAUGCCAGCCUCAUGCUGUCCCUCCCUCAGUGUACAUAUCUAUCAUGCACAGAGGGGACACCCAGACAGUGUCUUGAUGCAGAAUUUGCUCCAGGUACCAAUUUGGCCGGCGAAGGCUUUGAUAUCACCAAAAUGGAACGUAAGGGAGCCUUUGUGCUCGACAUGAAUCAGUGGAAACGCAAGGACAAAACAUGCACCCUGUGCAGCAACCCCUAUCUGGAGAACAAAAAGCAAAAGCUCCCCUUGUCAGUCACAGACUGGAUACCAAAGCAGUCCUGCAACAUGAAAGUGUCUAGUACGCUCCACAGAUCCAGUGAGUCUCUGGUCAGUUCCAGCUCCUCUUCUGUGGAUAACAACUGGAAAUUCAAUCUUGAUGUUAAUGUGGGUCAAAAGAGCGGGUCAUUGAUGCUAGCUGGUACUAAUUCCAAAUUGGCUGAAUAUUCCAUGGAAAAAACUAAGAAUGACAAGUUCAGCUUCACAAGCCACAGCAUGUCCUGUGAGUACUACAGCUACAGAGUGUCCAGCACUCCCAAGUUGCACAGAGAAUUUCGGAAAGCAUUGACCCAGCUUCCCAAAGUCUACAGUCCAGAAUUCAAGCAACAAUUUUACAAAGUGAUUGACACAUUCGGCACCCAUUACGUCACCAAGGUGAAGUUGGGGGGAAGUGUUCAGUCUGUGACCAGCAUCAGGCAGUGCCAGGCCAGCCUGCAGGGCCUCAGCAUGGAGGAGGUUCAGAUGUGCCUUGAAGUAGAGGCAUCCGCCAGCAUGAAUGCUGCAACAAUAAAAACUGAAGCAAAGCACUGCAAGAAGGACAUGGACAAGAUGGAAAGCAAGUCUUCCUUCUCCAGCCUCUUUAACGACAGGUUUACAGAAAUAAAGGGGGGCCAUACCACAGAGCCUGAACUUCUCUUCUCUGCUGACAAGAAUCCAUCCGCCUACAGAGAAUGGCUGAACUCACUACUACUGAACCCAGACAUUGUCUCAAAUUCCCUGAACUCUCUUCAUGAGUUACUGCCUACUAACGCCCCUCUCCGGAAGAACCUGCGUUUAGCCAUUAGCCAUUACAUCCUGGAGAAAGCCCUGUGGAAGAACUGCAGUGAGCGCUGUCAGGCUGGCAUCAAGAGCGACCAAAGAGAUUCCUGCGUGUGCCAAUGCCACAACGAACUUGCUGUAAACCAAGACUGCUGCCCGACCCGUAAGGGCAUGGCACGGGUCAUCAUAACUGUACAAAGGGGUUCAGGACUGUGGGGAGACCACAGCACAGCCACAGACGGCUAUGUUAAGGUGUUUUUCAAUGGGCAGAUGAUCAGGCGUACCGCUGUUAUUAACAACAACAACUAUCCACACUGGUCCACUGUCAUAGACCUGGGCGCUCAGGAUGUGUCCUCAGGAAAUAAGGUUAGAUUUGAAGUGUGGGAUCAGGACAACAACUGGGACGACGACUUGCUGGGACAAUGUGAGAAAGCUUUGACUGCAGGAGACAAGCAGGAUCUCUGUAACCUGCAACAUGGCCAGCUUUUCUACAAGCUGGAGGUGAAAUGUGCGCCGAGUCUGAGUGGAGAUUUAUGCAAGGACUAUAAAGCCACUCCUAUGAGUCAAAGUCUGAAGGAGCUGUACGUGUCCCGUCAUGCACAUCCAGUUCCAAAAGCCAUUCUUUUAGAGAUGGGUGUGUUUGUGGAUAAAACAAGCCCACUGAGCAACCAGAGUCUUACUGCAGAGACUCACAAGUAUGAUUUGAAGUAACAACUGUGUUAGGCUUUACUGACGCUGAUAUUCAAGGAAUUACAUGUAGCAACAUUACUCUUAUUGUUUUAAUACGGUAAACCAAAGCUAAACACAUCAUCCAUAUCUGUCCUCACUAACCUAUUCUGAUUUAGUUUUAACAUUAUUAAGGUCAUCUUGUAGAAAUAAAAAAGAUGUGUUAGACAAAAUACUGUUGUUUUAAGAGCUAGAAAGAUAAAACAGGAGUUUCAAUAUAUUCAUUUAUCUUCAUAUUUGCAUCAUAUAACGCUCAUUAUAUUGUAUUCAUUUGGCUAGUCUUUCACUGUUCAGCAAAUCAUAUUCAAGUGAUUUUAGUUUAAUACUUUGCCGCUUCUACUUACCAUAUUUUUGGUUAUGUUUUUUAAAUGCAUUUUCUUUUUUUUUCUAUACAGGCAUUUAUUAAAAGUAGGUAGGUCUAUUACUAUUUGAGUCACAUUUUUGCUAAUUAUAUUUCUGACUUGACAUUAGAGGAGUGAGGAAUAUAACGAUCAAGCUUUUUGUAUCGAUCACACAUGUAUUGCCAUUAUAAAUAGUUUUCAUAUAUGUUAUAGUCAAUUACUGUACUGCUUUUCUUUGUCUCAUACAUUGAUAUGUUUUGAAUGUCAGUUUCUAAUCUUUUUGUAUACUUAAAUAAAAGACUUUAAUCCUGCUAAAACAA